CGGGGCUGCCGCUUGGCCCGCCCCGGCUGCGGGAGGCGCGGCGCUCGGUCGGCUGCGGGCAGCCCGGGCGCCGGCCCCCCGCGUCGGACCGGGACCGCCGCGAUGGACCCUCCCGCGGGCAUCGCCUGCCUCCUGCUCUGCUGCGCGCUCUCCCUGCCCGCCGGCGCCCUGCGGCGCCCCGGGGACACAGAUCCAAUUCUGAGGAAUAUAGAGGAGUACAGCCUUGUCAUCCCCACCAGCACCGAUUCAGAGGGCAGGUUCCUAUCCCACCUGGUGUCUGGACCGCCAAAAGCGCGCUUCAGGAGAGCUGCGGAGGGCUUGCAACACGAAGCAGCAAAUGAGCAAAUAUUUUACAAUGUCACCGUUUUCGGAAGAGAGUUUCACUUCAGGUUGCGGCCAAACUCCAGGCUGGUGGCCCCGGGAGCAACAGUUGAAUGGCAGGAGGACUCUGAGGAGACUCACAUUGAACCUCUCUAUGGGAAUUGCCUCUAUGUUGGGGAUAUCACUGAUUUGCCAAACGCUUCGGUCGCAAUCAGCAAUUGCGAUGGGCUGGCUGGCAUGAUUCGCACAGACAAGGACGAGUUCUUCAUUGAACCUCUGGAGAAAGGGGCCCAGGAGGAGGAGGAGGGAGGAGGCAGGACGCACGUGGUUUAUCGCAGGGCAGCUGCCAAGAAGCAGGUUCCUACUGAGAGCAUGGAUACCCUCUAUAAAGCCGCCAACCUCACGAACUUGGAUGGUCUCGACGGCGCCUUGAGCUUUAUCGAAGAGCGGGUGCACAGGUCGAGGCAGCGCUAUCGAAGGCACGCGACGGAUGAUGAUUACAACAUCGAAGUCCUUCUGGGGGUUGAUGACUCAGUUGUUCAAUUCCAUGGGAAAGAACACGUUCAGAAGUACCUGCUGACCCUGAUGAACAUUGUUAAUGAAAUUUAUCAUGAUGAGUCCCUGGGUGCUCACAUUAACGUUGUCUUGGUGAGGAUAAUCCUGCUGAGCUAUGGCAAGUCUAUGAGUCUGAUAGAGAUUGGGAACCCUUCGCAAAGCCUGGAAAAUGUGUGUCGCUGGGCUUACUUGCAGCAGAAACCUGACACGGGGCACGCAGAGUACCACGACCACGCCAUCUUCCUCACGAGGCAGGAUUUUGGUCCAUCUGGCAUGCAAGGCUACGCUCCGGUCACUGGAAUGUGUCAUCCUGUUCGAAGCUGCACUCUCAACCAUGAAGAUGGUUUUUCAUCUGCGUUUGUGGUGGCUCAUGAAACUGGACAUGUUUUAGGCAUGGAGCACGAUGGCCAAGGGAACAGAUGUGGGGACGAAGUUCGCCUGGGGAGCAUCAUGGCCCCCCUCGUGCAAGCCGCGUUUCAUCGCUUCCACUGGUCUCGUUGCAGCCAGCAAGAGCUGAAUCGAUAUCUCCAUUCCUAUGAUUGUCUGCGUGAUGAUCCCUUCGAACACGACUGGCCUUCCCUUCCCCAGCUGCCAGGAAUUCACUACUCCAUGAAUGAGCAGUGCCGUUUUGAUUUUGGUUUGGGCUACAUGAUGUGCACAGCUUUCCGUACCUUUGAUCCCUGCAAGCAGCUGUGGUGUAGCCACCCCGAGAACCCCUACUUCUGCAAAACAAAGAAAGGGCCUCCGCUGGACGGGACCAUGUGUGCACCAGGAAAGCACUGCUUUAAAGGUCACUGCAUCUGGCUAACACCGGACAUCCUGAAGCAGGAUGGGCACUGGGGGGCAUGGAGUAAGUUUGGCUCUUGCUCUCGUACCUGUGGCACCGGGGUGAAGUACAGGACGCGGCAGUGUGACAACCCGCAUCCUGCCAACGGAGGCCGCACAUGCGUGGGGCCAAGCUACGAGUUCCAGUUGUGCAACACUCAGGACUGUCCCAAGGACUUUGAAGAUUUCAGAGAGGAGCAGUGCCGGCAGUGGGACCCCUACUUUGAGUACCAGAACACAAAACACCACUGGCUCCCCUAUGAACACGUCGAUGCCAAGGAAAGGUGCCACCUGUAUUGCGAAUCAAAGGAGACAGGGGAUGUGGUGUACAUGAAAAGGAUGGUACACGAUGGGACCCGCUGCUCCUACAAAGAUGCUUACAGCAUCUGCGUGCGGGGAGACUGCUUGAAAGUCGGGUGUGACAGGGUCAUAGGUUCCACGAAGCAGGAAGACAAGUGUGGUGUUUGUGGAGGAGAUAAUUCCCACUGCAAAGUGGUGAAAGGAACAUUUUCAAGAGUACCAAAGAAACAAGGGCACAUUAAGAUGUUUGAAAUUCCUGUUGGUGCAAGACAUUUACUUAUACAGGAAACAGACGCCACCAGUCAUAAUCUUGCAAUUAAAAAUCGUGAAACGGGGAAAUACAUUCUAAGCGAAGACAACUAUGUGCCAGACUCUAAAGUAUUUAUUGACAUGGGUGUGGAGUGGGAGUAUCGGAAUGACGACGAUAGAGAAACCGUGCAGACCAUGGGGCCACUGCGUCAUGGAAUAGUUAUUCUGGUGAUUCCUCAUGGUGGUGCCAAGAUAUCUUUGACUUACAAGUACAUGAUCCAUGAAGAUUCCUUGAAUGUUGAUAACAAUAAUGUCUUGGAAGAGGACUCGGUGUCAUAUGAAUGGGCUUUGAAGAAAUGGUCCCAAUGUUCAAAACCUUGUGGAGGAGGCUACCAGUUCACGAAAUACGGCUGCCGGAGGAAGGCAGACCACAAGAUGGUUCAUCGGAGUUACUGCGAGUUGAUCCAAAAGCCAAAGCCCAUCCGCAGGGUGUGCAACCUCCAGGAGUGCUCCCAGCCCAUAUGGGUUACAGGAGAAUGGGAGCCUUGCAGCAAAAGCUGUGGGAAAACAGGAUAUCAAGUCCGAUCUGUCCGAUGCAUCCAACCCCUGCACGAUAACACAAAUCGGUCUGUUCAUACCAAGUACUGCAACAACGACCGUCCAGAGGGCAGGAGGCCUUGCAACCGGGAGCUUUGCCCAGCGCAGUGGAGAAUAGGACCCUGGUCACAGUGCUCUGUCAGCUGUGGCAAUGGGACGCAGGAUCGCCCAGUCCUGUGCCGGACCAGGGACAAUGCUAUUGGCCUUUGUAAGGACAAUAAACCAGAGACUGUUAGGAUUUGCAGACUACCUCCAUGUCCAAGAAAUGUUUCUGACCCUUCGAAGAAAACCUACAUGAUACAAUGGCUGUCAAGACCUGAUCCAGACUACCCCAUCCAGAAAAUAUCUUCAAAAGAUCAUUGUCAAGGAGACAAGUCAAUGUUUUGUCGCAUGGAGGUUCUCUCCCGUUACUGCUCCAUUCCUGGUUACAAUAAGCUGUGUUGCAAGUCCUGUAAUAUGUACAGCAACAUAACAGAGGAUGGCAAUGUAACUGAUUCUAACGUAAAUAAGAAUAAUGUCAUUGAGGAGGAGCUCCUGACAACCCUCAGCCCUCCCACGGGAGUGUCCACCACACAGUCUGCCACCAGCCCUCCUCCCGUUUCCAAAACACGUGCACCUCCUUCCAACGCAACCGAGGAGCACCCAGAAAUCAAUGCGGUGGAUGUUCCCUAUAAAAUCGAUGGGCUGGAUAACGAAGUGUCACAGCACAACAUCAUUACACGGAGGAGGAUACCUUAUGAAAGGACAAGGAAUCAAAGAAUUCAGGAGCUGAUUGCUGAGAAAAGGAAAAAAGAGACUCUUAGGAAAAUAAACUAAAAUGGAAAUAUGGCACAAGCAACAUUUUUCUCUUAUAGAGAUGUUACCAACAUCAUAAUAUUGCCCAUGUCGUAGAGACUAAAAAUGGGGAAAAAUCAAAGUGGUGCUAUGGCAGAGAUGCCAAAUUCUAAAGCCUACUAUAAAUGGAAAUGACAGAUUGUUUCAUAAGUGCUAAUCUGAAGACUUUAAUGGCUAGGUUUACAGGGUACGGUAGAGUAUUAGUGCAAUAUCAUUACAGCCUUUCACUGAAUCCAAACAAGCCGUAAUACCUAGGCCAGGUUAGCAGGUUUCUUGUUUAUGGGCUCUUUAAAGUCUUCUGUGCUUGGGAAUAGUAAUGGGAGUUACACUUAGGAUGGAGGAAAACAGUCCCAAGACAUAAUAAAUCCCUCUGACACCGACAAGCAGGCGGUCACAGAUGCUGUGAUGUUUCUGUGCGUUGCAUAAACCCGGGCACUAACUCAGCCCCCGGUUCAGGAAGGUACUUAAGGACGUGCCAGGCUGAGUCUCGCUGACUUUAGCAGAGCUGCUCCUGUGCUCACAGCCAGGCAUGUGCUUUCAGAGCUUUCUUAACCGGGACUGCAUAAGAAAAAUAUACAGAAAAUUCUGUAGCCAUGUAUUUAUGUGUAAAUUAAAAAAAACAACAACUGGCAAACAGUAGUUUACAUAUUUCCAUAAACAGUUUCAAAGGAUUCUCCAAAACUUUGGAAUAAUUGCAAGACUUUUAGUAGGGUAGAUCCAGCCAACUUGGACUUGACAACAUCCUAGUCUUUCUGUUUACAAUUAUCCAUAUUUUUGAUAGUCAUUAAGUUCCUGCAAUGCAACAGCCUCAGUGAUCUUUGUUGGUUGGUGCUUUUUUUUGUUGGUCUGGUUUUUUUUUCUACCCACAUACUGUUUAAGUUAAAGAUGACUGGAUUCUUGUUGUCUUUUCUUUGGUGCUUUGUCAAGAAAACUUUUUUUUUUCUUUUCCUCCCAUAGGAUGAGGUUAUUUCAGAGGAAAUAAUUUUGUAUUAUUUUCCUUUCCUUAGGACAGCUUUAUUGGUGCAGAAGUGAACAAUUGCCCUUAUAUAGACACGUACAUCCACACACAUACACGUGUACGCACAGUACCAGGUCUGCUAGAAACCUUAGGAGGUGUCACCUGACAACCCUUUGAGUACUUCCUUUCCCCUCAGGGUCAUCGUGGUUUUCAUAGCUCAUUUUGAGUUCCUGGUUGGCGAUCAGAAGAUGAGUUCAGCUUGGCCCUAACACCACAGAUUGGCCCGCACUGGUUCCUGCUGCGGGUGGCAUCUGAGCAGUUUUCCUUCUGUCUCCCAGCUUGGACUCUUCCAUUUGUUUCCUCUUUGCUGGUAAACCUCCUGCAGAGAGCAGGGCUUCCCUGAACUCCUCCUUUUACCAGUAGGUAGGUCUGAUGGCUCCUAAUUCAGAUUUUCCAGUCUGAGAAUAAGAUCUCAUUCUCCAGCCUGAGCUGGUCUUCGUUUGAAGCGGCGCCAGUCGUUAAUCCUGUGUGUACAGUCACCUAAUGGUGGGAAAUGUGCUGAGUUUCCAGCAAUGUGUAACCUCUUCUGUGGCCUGGCUGCUGGCGAAGAGCUUCAGAAGUGUCGCAAGGUGAACCACGUGUGGCUUCCUGCAACCCUGCCUUCUGCCUUCCACCACCACGGUGG